GCUCAUGAAGCCAACAGCCAAGUAGAUGGGUUUGUUAUUAAAGAACAGCCUGCAAAUGAUUAAAUCCACUCGUUUGUUUGUAGGUGCUGUUCAUCUGUAGAAGUAUAAGGGGGGAGGGGGGCUUAUCACACUCAUAGUGCAUUUCAGUGUAUACUCAUGAAAAUGCUUCUUAUGAAGCAAAUGAUGUGAGGCUCAAAGGUAAAGUAUUGUGUAUGUGGUGUACUUUAAUGUUACUACACCCAGACUGUACUUUGACAGUAAUCAAAUUAUCCACCCACCUUCUCGUGUGCAAUAUGCAAAGCAACAAAAACCAGUGUUUGUUUUUGAACAAUAAUCCCAAACAGUGUCACAGAUGUUACAUGAACGGGGCUGAAUAUAGUUUUGGUCUUUUCACCUUUUUCCCCCCCAAAAAUGGACCAAAUCUGGUGGAUUGUUUUUUGCCGCUCUUGGCAACUAAGUCAACAACAACAACAAGCAGCUGGUGCAAAGUUCAAAUAAGAUUAAAAUUGUGUUAGAGGGCAACAAGCUGCCACUUAUUGUGCACUUUCUUCAUGAGCUGUGUGCAUUUAUUUAAAUUCAAUCCUUCUAAACUCUGCAAUGCAGUGCAGCUUUACUUCCACUGUAAACUGCACAUGCUCAUAAAUAUCCUUUGAUUUGUCAAGACACACGGCCAGAUUUACUAACAGUCACAAAUCCCAAAAUGAUCUCUCUGGUAGUUCUUCACUGAGUUCUCACCCUGCAUGUUUAGAGCUGAGCCCCACAUUGUGCUGGUUCCCAGUAAUAUUGGUGUAUUACUGAGGACCAUCAUGAUAUUUUGAUGAGAAAGAGCAGAACUAGCCUUAACCGAACUAAUGCAUCACAUGUUACUUAUUAAAGGCUACUAGGUUAAUUUUUACAGUGAGCAGAUGGGUUUGCAGUGUUUCAGGUUGUAAGUCACAUUUCUGCACAGAUUGAUUGCCAAUGAAAACUGCAAAGAGCACAAGAGCAACUCUGUGCCUUUUCUCAGGGUUGCAUACACACAGAGCUCUGCAACAUGACACAUUAUCUGUUUAUUUUAAUUUUUUAAAUGCUUUAAAAUGUUCCCACUACCACAUAAUCUUGUGCAUGCCGUACAGAAAUGUCUGCCAAAAUACAGCUUUUAAUGGGGCUUUGACGUGCAACAUUACAUAGCAUACAGGGAAAAAAUGUUUCCAUUUACACACUUACUAAAAAUGCAGAUGGGUCAGGAUCUGAUUUUAAGCAAAGUUCUUUGUCUGUUAUUUACACAAUUGCUGUAAUAGUUUCUGUGUCAUGUAUUCCACUUCAGCUGUCGGAUUUAUCUUGAGAUCAUACGGAUUUUUCUGCACACAGUCCCCAAGAAUUUCUAAGAGAAUUUGACAACAACAAAAAAAACAAAACAUUGGUUUUCUCCAGUUCAUCGGAAUUGUUAAAUGCUUUUGUAGAGAAGCGUAUGUUUAAAAUCAUCAUUUGCAUGUACAAACUGUUUCAGUUAUUUGCUGGGUACAUUGGGUAUAUUUAUUUUUGACUGGCUUAAUUGGUGCCAUUUGUAGAUUAAAGUCAAUGCAUCGUUGUUUAAAAAUGAAUACUGUUAGAUCUUUUCACUCGUGUCAAUACAUUUUUGCAAUUUGUGUCACACUGAUUGCCUCAUUUAGUAAAUCUGCCCAAACUGAGAUGGGUCACGGCACACACCUUAGAGGGCUGGAGACCACAGCCACAUAUGAUCCAGCCACUCAAGAGUUUGUCUUGAACAGUCCCACUGUGAGCUCCAUCAAGUGGUGGCCCGGAGGACUUGGGAAGACCUCCAACCAUGCCAUAGUGUUAGCACAGCUUUACACUCUUGGAAACUGCCAUGGUCUGCAUGCUUUCAUCGUACCCAUCAGAGAUAUGAACACACAUUUACCCCUGCCAGGUAUUGUUGUUGGCGACAUUGGCCCCAAGUUUGGCUUCAACGAGGUUGACAAUGGCUUCCUGAAAUUGGAGAAUGUACGAAUUCCACGGGAGAACAUGCUGAUGAAAUACGCCAAGGUGGAGCCAGAUGGAGCCUAUGUGCAACCACCGAGUACUAAGCUGACCUACGGCACCAUGGUGUUCAUCCGCUCCAUGAUUGUCGCUGAGUCAGCUCGAGCCCUCGCAAAGUCCUCCACCAUCGCCAUCCGCUACAGUGCUGUUCGUCACCAGUCUGAAAUACGGCCAGGAGAGCCAGAGCCUCAGAUCCUCGACUAUCAGACACAGCAGUACAAGCUGUUCCCUCUGCUGGCCACAGCCUAUGCCUUCACUUUUGUUGGCCAGUACAUGAGGCAGACCUACCACCGCAUUACUGAAGACAUCAACCAGGGAGACUUCAGCGAGAUGCCUGAGCUCCAUGCCUUGUCUGCGGGUUUGAAGGCCUUCACCUCAUGGGAAGCGACCUCAGCCAUCGAGGUGUGCCGCAUGUCAUGUGGUGGCCACGGUUACUCUCGAAGCAGUGCCUUGCCAGACAUUUAUGUCGAGUUUACACCUACCUGCACCUACGAGGGAGAGAAUACAGUCAUGAUGCUGCAGACUGCCAGAUACCUGGUGAAGAGCUACAAACAGGCUAAGGCAGGCCAGCAGCUGAGUGGCAUUGUGUCGUACCUGAAUGAAGCAGAUGUGCGGAGGGUGCAGCCACAGCCUGUCGCUGCCAGACCAACAGUGGUUGACAUCAAUGACCUGACUAGCCUGACAGAGGUCUACAAACUCCGAGCAGCCAUUCUAGUGGAGCUGGCAGCGAAGAGCAUCCAGCAGGAGCUGCAACGCAGGAAGAGUCAGGAGGAUGCCUGGAACAACAGCGCCAUCGACCUGGUCAGAGCCUCAGAUGCCCACUGUCACUAUGUUGUAGUGAAACUCUUUACUGACAAACUUGGGGAGGUUGCUGAUACAGCAGUACACUCAGUGCUGUCAACCCUGGCUCUGCUCUACACCCUGUAUGGCAUCACAAAGAACUCUGGAGACUUCCUACAGGCCGGACUGCUGAGUGUGCCCCAGGUGAUGCAGAUUUCUAUUCGAAUCAAGGAGCUGCUGGCUCAGCUGAGGCCCAACGCUGUGGCCCUGGUGGAUGCCUUUGACAUCCAUGACAAGAAGCUGAAUUCGGUCCUGGGACGAUACGAUGGGAAUGUUUAUGAGCACAUGUUCGAGUGGGCUCGCAAAUCCCCCCUCAAUGCUACAGAGGUACACGAAUCCUUCCACAAGUACCUGAAGCCUCUGCGGUCCAAACUGUGAACUGAUCCAUGAACCUCACCUCCUGGCUGGACCCUUUGACUCUGCAGGCUCAAGCUCAACAGUACUAAUCUACCCCAUGAUGCUUUUUACUAGCUGCCAGCUGGUAUAUUUCAGAAAUUAGCCCUCUUAAGGCCAUGGUAGAUGGCAAACUAACCCUAUAAGAUAGUAGAGAGGGAGAGAAGGAAAUUUAAAGUGAGUAGAUGUGUUUUAUGAAGGGAAAUGGAAAUGCAACCAAGACUGAAAAUUGAUAAAGUGAGCCCACUGAGAGACCUCCAAGAAUAGCUUUAACACUAACAAUCACACAUUUACAGUUUUAGACUGAUCUGCCUUUUGAACAGAACAUCCACGGCAAAGUAUUAUUUGUGGUCAGUUUUUUUUCCUUAAUUUUUUUUGCUGCAUGCCUGAAAUUUCCUUCUUUUUUUUUUUUUUUUUUUUUUUUUUUUUUUUUUUCUGCUCCCUCUCUCUUCUAGCAAGAACAGAAUGUCUGAUGAUUGUUACAUAAUGCGGGCAAUCGGCUAAUGGUAAAAUCAGGGUGGCAAACUGUUGUUCUUAAUUAUUUCAAGAGGCUUUUGUUUGUCCAUAACAUUUAUCAAUCAUGGUACUGCUUAAGGAGUAGUUUCACAUCAAUGAUUCAACCAAGUCUGAGUCUAGCCCUUAAUUGUACCAUAACAUGACAGACUUUCAUUUGUUUCAGAUACAUAUUCCAAUUUAAAAAACCUUUUCAUAAAGAGAGCUUCUUCAGUCACUUAUUGUAAUAAAAUGAUCUUAAAAGUCCCUGCUAACUGAUGGCUCACUUGAAAUCUGUGAUUUUUUUUUUUUAGUAUCAAAUGAUCAGCAUCUGUACCCUGGAAAUGUGGACGGUUUUUAACAGCAUCUGCUGCAGUCGUCUCUAAACCCACGUCACCAGCUGUAGUCCCCAUAAGCCUUUAACUGCCUAAAUCCUCCAGUUGUCUUAUUUCAGUCAAAAAGGUGAUUCAGUCUGCCUGUUCUCUUAUUUCAUAUUCCACCUCUGUUCCCAUACAAUGACCAACAUUGUGUCGCAUGACAAUUCCACCUUAUUGGUGCUCCAUAAAUAGGAGCUGAGCUCACUGGACAGCUGAGACGCAGUGUGCACAUUUGAGACGGUGGAAAAAUUUGGGGCUGAGAGAAGAUCAAGUUCAGCACUCUAGGAUUCUCAAAUCUUCAGUUUUUGACAGUAUCGACUCUGUAUCUGUAAAAGCUCAGCAUGAUUAUGUUAAGGUCUGGAUGGAUUUUUAAUUUAUUCUAACAUAUUUCAAUCUAAGAAAUAUAAAUGAAUUUGUUUACUAAAAAAUGUUCCUUUAUCUCAGAGUGCAAUUGUUUAAGUGAUGCUGCAAAGCAGUAAAAUUACUUUGUUGCUUUUCUUUUCUUUUCUUUCUUUUCUUUUUUUUUUUUUUUCUUUUAAAUGACUUGUUGGGCAGUGAGCUUAAAUCUAAAACCUCGCUGUAGACUGUAAUGAUGAUGAUUUGUAUAAUAAUUAUGUGCCUGACCAUUAAUUCAGAAUGUUCUCACAUGACUCCUUCUGUUUCGAUCCUAUAUUUAAUGGUUUGGAUCUGCUGUAAGUUCUGAUGACAAGUAGUUCAUAACACUGGUCUUCUAAUUUGUGCAGUCAUUGUGGGUGGGGAGGGGUUUUAUUUUUUUCUUCUUGAAUCUAAUUCAGAAUAUUCUCACAAGUAAUUGCAUUUCAUUUGUUUUUCCACAAAACUGUAUUUUGAUUUGUUAGACGGUCACAAUUAUCACUAUAUAAGAGUAAGCUGUUUGAGAGUUUGUUUUCUUUUUUAAAAAAAAAAAAAAACAUGUUUCAUUGAGUAAUAACAGUUUUAAUGGUUGGCAAAUAAAGACAUGACCUGAAAUUUCA